AAAAUCUCACCCUAAACAAGCCUCGCCCCUGGUCUGUGCCAGCUGUGAGCUCAGUCAGUCUGUGUUGACAGUCCGUCGUUCAGUAUUUAAAACAAACCCCAGCUGGUUGCCCAGAUCAGAGUACAUCAUUUAAUGCUGACGUCACAGAUAGCUUCUGUAUUCGGCUGGAGUAAUGGAGAAGGCCAAAUGCUAAUUAACAUUGGACGAGGAGUCAUCAUGGAGAGCGAUAAAAGGCUUUAUGGAAUCCAGGGCUUGUAGUAAGAACAGCCCAGGGCUGCAUGUCGUAAUGGGAAAUGAGGCUUGUGAUGUGGACUCCAUGGUAUCAGCCCUGACCUUCGCCUACUUUCUUUCAAAGAGUCUUGAUCGUAAGAGGGUACCGGUGCCUUUGCUCAACAUCCCACGGGCUGAGUUUCCCUUGCGCUCUGACAGCACCUUUCUGCUGAGAGAAACCGGUCUGUCGCAGGACUACCUGCUUUUCAGGGACGAGGUGGACCUCCACAGCCUGCACAAGAACAAACAGCUGACCUUGACCCUGGUUGACCACAACGUUCUGCCCAGUGCUGACAGUGAGCUAGAGGAUGCAGUUGUAGAAGUGAUUGACCAUCACCUCCUACAGAGGCCCUCAUCUCCCUCCUGCCCCGUCACUGUGGAGACCGUGGGCUCCUGUGCCACCUUGGUGACAGAGAUUAUUGCCCAAAAAGCACCUGAGGUGCUCGACCAACAAGUGGCUCAGCUUUUAUAUGGUACCAUUAUCCUAGACUGUGUUAACAUGGCACCUGAGGCAGGUAAAGUCACCCCUAAGGACAGCCAGUACGCCAGCUUUUUGGAGAAACGUUUUCCAAAGCUGCCUCCGAGAGGCGCUCUGUUUCAGUCGCUACAGAAUGCCAAGUUUGACGUGUCAGGCCUCUCCACGGAGCAGAUGCUGUUAAAAGACAUGAAAGCUGCAUCUGCUGGAGAUCUGAACUUGGCUGUCAGUGUCAUUUACAUGACACUAGAGGCUUUUCUUCAAAGGCGUGGCCUACAGCAGGAUCUCUGUGAGUUCUGCCACAAUCACAGCUACAACCUGCUGGUCGCAAUGACAAUCUCUUUCAAUGACAACAAGGAGCCCUUCCGACAGCUAGCCGUCUACAGUUCCAGCACUGUCUACAGGGAAGAGAUGAGUAAAGCACUAGAAAAAGCCAAAACCCCCAGUCUGGACCUUAAGCCAAUGAGCAGUCCAUAUCUGGAUGUCAAGGCCUAUAUACAGGGUAACACACUGGCAUCCCGCAAGAAGGUAAUGCCCAUAAUCACAGACUUCCUGAAGGAUAGGGAAAGGAAAGUGGCUCAAAGUGGAAACAUAGAGGACCUAUAUCUGGACGAUGAUUCCAAUCAGGACCAGUGUGACUCUCAGCAAUGUAUUGAAGACGCUGGGAUUGAGGACGAUACUCCAUUUCCUCCAACGCCAAUGAACAGUCUGGUUGAGGGUUGUCCCUUGGACAAUGGCCUACCAAAAAUCAGCCCUGAGGUUUUGGUAGAGAAAGUUACCAAGAUGGCCAGCAUGGAGGACACAUCUCCUGAGGGACAAUGAUGAAGAUCUGUUGUCCAAGAGAGUCUUGGAUAAGAGCUGGAGAAAAAAAGUUCUUCUGCGUCUUCAAGAGGAUGCGGUGGAUAUACAACAGUGAUGCACCAGGGCGUGAGAAUGUAAUGGUACUUUUUUUGAUCUGGUUAACUCACAAAGGUACGAUACGGUCUAAAGAGACCAUUCUGUUGACUUUUUCUAAGGACUGGUACAUGAUGAUUCAAAUGGAGCAUUAUAUAAAUGCAUCACAUAGAAAUGAUAAAUGUCAUAAAAAUGGCUGUAAAAUUUCAGGUUUAGUCCAAUUAUUUAUUGCUCGCAGUAGUAUUCACAUUCAAUCUUCUAAAUUACUCUAUUUCCAGGUAAACGUGAGCUUAUUCAGUUCUAAAACUGACAAUACACACCCGGUGCAAGCUAGCGACUGACAAUUGAUAGAAUGAACCAAUUCUGAAUUAAUUUCAGUUAUUAUACAAAUUUUAACAUGGUAGUUAUCCUUGCUUUUGGUGCCACUAACAUACAUACUCCAUUCUUUGUAAUAUUAAAGAAAUAAUUUUCA